AUGGCGACACCAAAGUCUGCGCGAUUGCAGACCCCAGCAGAUCGCAAUCUCAGCAACGUCGUGCUGGGAGACCUCCUGUUCAAGCCUUGGAAUCAAUCAAUCUACCCCGAAGACCUUGUCGCCAAAGAUACAGAUCGACUCUAUGUCUGCCGCUGGUGCUUCCGAUACUCAUGUGAAGAGGAUAUUUUCACCGACCACAAACGCGCCUGUGAGCAUCGCACAACGCCCCCGGGCACAAAAGUCUACGACUACGGCGGGUACGCAGUCUGGGAAGUUGAUGGAGAACACCAUAAACUUUUCGGACAAAACCUUUCACUGUUCGCCAAACUGUUUCUCGAUCACAAGACUGUUUUCUUUGAUGUUUCAACUUUCCUUUACUAUAUCCUCACAUACACCGACCCCAAUGAGCCCGGCAGCUACUAUGUGCUGGGCUUCUUUUCGAAGGAGAAGCUGUCUUGGGAUGCGAACAAUCUUGCUUGCAUCUUGAUUUUCCCACCGUAUCAACAUAGACAACUUGGAAAGCUGUUGAUGGGGGUUAGCUAUAAGCUCAGCGGUUGGGAUUCGACCGGUGGAUGUAUCGGUGGGCCGGAAAAGCCAUUGAGCGAGCUGGGCCACAAGAGUUAUUCCCGCUUCUGGGCUGAACGGAUUGCCAGAUAUUUGCUCCGCGGCAAGCCCGGCGACAAUCCCCGAGAAUCCAAUCAACAGAAACCCAAUUCUACCCCAAAGGGGUCCCGCAAGAGGCCUGUCCGCGAGACUAUGACAGUCGAGGAGCUUGGUCUGGCUACUGGUAUGCUCACUGAAGAUGUGAUCACUGCCCUCAAAAGCAUGGGGCUGUUCGAACCCCAGGCAACUCCGAAAAAGCGUAAGAGCAACCGUACUGCCACGGAAGAGGAACCCCCACCGGGUCAGACGGUGACCAUAUCUAAAUCUGAUGUGUGGGAAUGGGCGCAAUCGCACCAACUCUCUCUGGAGGACCCUGUUAGCGAAAAAGGCUUCGAGGGACUAUGGCCUAUCGUGAUCGUUUCUGCAGAGAGCGACGACAGUGUUCUAUCGGAGGAAAAUUAA